AUUUUAUAAUAGUCUUUUACCGACUUUCUUAUCUUUCAAUGUGCAACUUUGAUAGUUUUUGUCAUCUUUUCACUCGGUUUCCUCCUCCUACUUCUGUACACAACAAAAGAAAAGCUGUAAAUACUUUCGAAGCAGGUCUGGACCAGAAAGAUAUAUAUUUCGAGUAUAUAGAGUUGAUAAAUAUAUUUAAUUUCAUGUCUUUGAGUGUGACUGCAAAAAUCCUUUUCUGGAUUGCAACAAAAACAACUCUGAGUUGCGAAAUCACCACAAAAAAAUCAAGGAAUCGAAAUUCAACACAUUUAAAGCUUUUCAAGUCUUCCUUUGAAAAAGAAUUGAAAGGAAGGUUUACUCUGAUCAACUAGUAAUUGCUUGACUAUGAUACCAACUGGAAAAAACUUUUACGCCCAUAACGCCACUUCCGAGGGAAGAGCACCAAUGAGAAACUCCAAUGCUGCGAGUCACAUCCCACCCGCCGCUGAAGAACCACCACGGCAGAGACAGAGAAGAGGUCUGAGUGUCGCUCCCAAGUCAAAACAAGAUAGCUCAAGUGAAAACAACAGCUCGGAAACUUCGCCAUCUUUCACUUCUGUGCAGCUGCCAGAGGUUGCUUUUGAAACUUUUGGAUUUUGGAAUGUUCAAAAUAACCCUAACGAUACACUCAUAAGAGGUUUUACUUUAGCAGUGGUAGUUCUACCAUCUAUCCUAGCAAUAUUGACCCCCAUAUUCUUUCCUGAAUUGUCUGAAGAAGUUGACAUAGCAAGCUUCUUCACCGAUAUCCUCAUGAUAAUGGCUAUUGGUUAUUUUGUGAAGUUCGCCUCAGAAUGGCCAUGGUUUUGGUUGAAACAAAUUCGGGAAACAAAAAGCUUUCAUUUGAAGAAUAUCAAUGGAGCGUAUGAAUGUAAAUUUAAGUUGAAUGAAGGUGUCGAAGAGGAAUUUCUCAUAAAGGAAACCCACAUGGUAUUGAAGCUUCAAAAAUAUCAGUUAAUUGCAAUGUUUUCCUGUAUUGGAGGCAUUAUUCUUGGGAGCUUGUUGAUGGUCUUAUCGAGGAGUCUAAUUAUAACAUCCAAAUUAAGGAAAGACAUUGUGUUCAGUAAUUUCAAUAUUUGUGUGUUUUCUCUCUGGGGGGCUUUCCGGUCCUUUUUAGCAGUUUAUGAAAUUUUACAAGAACAGUCACUUGCUGAAAAUGAUUUAACAACAAGCAUUACGGAGGAAAACAUGCACUUACUACUAGGUAAUAAACCCAACAAAGAAAAAACACCAAUGGAUCUUGCAAAACUUAAAAUGAAGCGUUUGUCGAAAUUGUUCGGGAACUCCAAAAUCAUCGAAUUAGAGAAAAUUACUGAUAUGAUCCAGUUUCAAAAUAUUGUUGAAUUGAUCGAUUCUAAAGUAGACCAGUAUUACAGCUUUUUGAAAACAGUAGCUAGCACCCAGGAAUCACAAUAUAAAUCCCUUUCAGAAGAAAUCACUAAGCUUAACAUUGAAAUAAAAAAUCUAGUCGAGAAGUCUGAUGCAUCAACAAUGAAGCUCGAAAGGCAGAACCAUCAACCUCAAACAUUCAAGCCAUUUCCUUUUAGUCUGAGCUUGUACCAUAAAAAAAUAGAGAGUAAAAAUAAUUCAGCCUCUUUCCAAGCAAGUUCAAGUCCCCACAAGGAACACGAUAUUGAGGAAUUUCAACUGAAUCCCAUGCCAUUGAGUAUGUCAACAAUUUUUGAGGAGCCAGAAGAAACAAAACAUAAGUUUAUACCCAACCAAGACGGUAGUGGUAUAAACGAAGGUUCCAAUGACCCAUUUUCAAGAAACCCAGAUAAAAAUAGGGGCUAUUUUUCAUUGCAUGGUUUACCGUUCACGUCUGCAAUACAAGAUCUUAUCACCAGAAAAGUUGUUAAUGCUAACUUCUUGCCGAACCAUCAAAAUCAUUUUUUGCAACAUUUAGAUGGAUAUGAAGGAGAGCAACUUCAUGACCUCGGUAGCUUGAAUGAUACGUAUGACCAUGAGCAAGGUAAAUAUGGCAGGAAGAACAAAGCUUCAUAUAGAAAUUAUUUCUUCAAUACCAUUGAUGAAUUGAUAGAAAAGCUAAGUCAUAUUUCAUUGAAAGAAACAGUAAUGAAUCCUUUCUCCAUGAUUCAAAUAUACUACACUGACAUUAUGCCUCUAGUUAAAAGCUUUUUUGCUGAUUGCUACCUUACGACUAUAAAUCAUAUCGAUCAAAUUAAAAGUAUAAUUUGGAAAAUGGUCAAUAUUCACAUUUUUCAGAAAACUGAACAAAUGAAACAAUUUGGAUCCUAUGUUUAUGAAAAAUAUAUUCAAUCUACUAAAAAAAUCUUCGAAUUUUAUUUAUUAGUAUUCACAGCCAUUCCAUUCAAUAUAAUACGUAUAAUAAUUUCUAUUAAUCUUUUUUUUCCAAAAAUUUUGAUACGAACUUUUAUUAUAUACCCCAUGAUGGUAAUCAUAAGUUUACAAACAAGUGAAAAUGAUAAGACCUUUGAAGAAAAUCAUAACUUCAGCGAAAUGAAAAAGUUUCACUUAGCCCCUCACCCAAAUAGUCGGUUCCGGCCACAUCAUGCUCAACCAUUUGAAGCUAGAAAGAUAAUUUUGCGACUGCUUGCCAGAUAUUAUGAUUUGGAUCUCGAUUAUUCACAUCCGUACAAUAAUUCGACAAACUCUCCUGUGGAUUUAAGCAAUCAAACUUAAGCUUACAUUUUCGAUUAAGCAAUGAUCUUUCUGGAAGACUUUUUUUUUACCCUUCUCCAAGCCCGAAGAACUUAGCAAGAGUGCUUUCUGUGUGCUCUUCAGAAAAGUCAAUUAGAAGCUUAUGUCUUUGACUAGACUGUGACUUGGUAACUUUCGAAGUUGGGGCUGAUUUCAUCACUGAUCUUUUUGCAAUCAACAUAUUCGCAUUUAGUCACAAACGUUUUUGGACCGUUUUUUCUUUUUGAAAAAAAAAAAAAUCAAGUACUGCACUUACUAAUUAGAAAUCC